AUGACUGACGAGGAUCUUUUCAGUAAAGCAGUGGAGAAUCCGAAUGAAACUGUGGAUGUGGUUCUACCAAAGGAUGAUAUAGAUGCAAGCGCGAUAAGCAGCAGUAGUGACAUGGAAGAGAACGAUUCUUCGUCCUCUUCCGACAAUGACAGUGAUGACAAUGAUCAGGGUAAUACUAAUGUCGCUGCGGAAGAAGAUGAAGAAGAAGAUGAAGAGCCUAGUCCAGAAGGUGCCAUCAGAUCGAAGCACGAGAUUGAAGAGGAACCUAUACCGGAUCUUCCCGAGGACUACGAAAUUGAUGCCAAUGCCAAUAUCACAGAGAUUGGUUUCAUCAAAUCAGCGUUUGAGAAUAAUAUUAUUAUCCAUUGCUCUGGAUCUGGUGAAAGAAGAGUCCUAAAAGAAGGAUCCAUCCUUUGUUUGGAAGACCACACUAUAAUUGGAACCCUAUGUGAAGUUUUCGGUAAACUAGACAAUCCCUUUUACAGAGUAACUUUACCAGCUUCAAAACAAGCACAAUUUGACCGUUUGAAAGAGCGUAUAGGAGAAAAAGCUCAUAUUGUGGUACCAGAGGCACAUUGGGUUGAUACGUUUGAACUAAGAAAAAUCAAAGGUACCGAUGCAUCAAAUGGUUAUGAUGAAGAACUAUCUGAGGAUGAACAAGAGUUUUCGGAUGAUGAGAAAGAAGCUCUAUUCAAGAAGUUGAAAAAAGAGCAAAGGAAGAAGAAGAACGUCAAUGUGAAGGAGCUUAGAGAACAGGUAGAAGCUGGAAAUUACAAGAGGCCAAAACAGCAACAUCAACAAAAGCAGUCGCAACAAUAUCCAAAGAUACGGCCUCCAGUUGGGAUGAUUAAUCACGGUUACAGGUCAAGAAAUGCAAGACAAGGGGAAAGAACUCAACAAACUACCCCAAUAUCUCACUUUCAGGGCCAACCGAUCUCACAACCAAUACCACAACCGAAUUCCCAACCUCCGUACCAACAGCCCAUGUAUCAUCAACAGCCGCUGCCAACGCAGCAGCCAGUGUUCUACCAUCAAUCUCCGCAAGCAUAUCCUAGUCAAAUGUACUCAUCUCCCCCAGUACAGAAUCCUAACUAUCAGGGAGCUCCACCUCCAUUGUACAAUGUGCCGUAUGGGCAACAAGGUGCUCCCAUGUUUCAACAGCAGAUGUAUCCUGGUCAACCAUAUAUGCAACCUCAGCCACAACCCCAACAGCAAUUCAAUCAGUAUGGGGCCGCCGGUUAUGCUCCACAGGGACAACCAAACAUGCAACAGGUUCUCCAGCUACACAAUAUAUUAAUGCAGCAGCAGGCUACUAAUCAAGCAUCUAACCAAAGGCCAGAGGAAAGAAAGGAAUUUGACUACGACGAUUGA